AUGGCGGCGGUAAUGGCUGGAGUUGAGGCCAUAGCCAUUCUCUCCGACACGACAUCAAGCUUGCUCAAGUCCACCAGUAGGCGCAGAGGCUGUGGCCGUCUGCCUUCUUCCAGUGCAUCUGAGCUAGUCUCUGUAAAUGGUUCUUUCACGACUUUUGUAAUCACCCUACCGGAAUCUUCGCCGACCACUGCCACGACUAUUCCCGAAACGACGGCAGAGACUACUACUUCAACCUCACUUUAUACUGCUGGUACAACCGCUUCAUCGACCGAGUCGAGCGCCGAGGUAUCUUCAACGUUCUUUGCUAUUAUGUCUUCGACUGAUUCCACUACUAUCGAACCCACUUUGGCAUUCUCUCCUACUCUCAUUGGGACUGAAUCCACCAUUGGAGCUUCUACCACGGCGGUCUCUACUUUCUCUGUCACGGAACCCGCACUGAGACUUCUACAGUAG